CCGAGCGGAGGAGGCCUCCCCGGGACACUCAGGGGAGCCCGGCCGGCCUGCACGGGGCGCUCCCGCCUCAGGGGCCCUGCGUGGCACCCUAGCGCGCGCCCCAAUGGUCACCUGCGCCCACCUGGGCCGGCGCGCGCGCCUCCCGGCAGCUCAGCCCUCUGCCUGCCCAGGAACCUGCUUUUCCCAAGAGGAGAGAAUGACUGCUGGGCACCCGCCCCGCUGGUCCCAGGAACUAGUAACCUUUGAGGACGUGUCCGUGGACUUCUCCCAAGAGGAGUGGGAGUUGCUGGACCCUGCUCAGAAGAACCUGUAUAGAGAGGUGAUGCUGGAGAACUACAGGAACCUGGUCUCGCUGGAAGCCGUGAAGAACCCAUGUGCUGAUGCGGGGAUUGAGGAGGGUCCAUUUUCCACGGUACACACCCUACAAGCCACUCGCCUUUCCUCGUGGAUGGGGCAUUUACUUCUUCAGCCGGUGGCUUCUGUCCACAUGGAGCAAAGCGAAGCCCUGCGGAUGGAGGAAAAAGGAACUCCUCAAGCCUCCUGUUCCGGUUGGACGACUGUACUGAAAAACCAAGACUCAACUUACAAGAAGGUGAUCUUACAGGAGGAACCAGCCGGUGGUAUAAAUAUCAUAAGGCUUAUCAGAGAAGACGGGGGAUGGAAGCAGUUGGGGGAGAGUCAUGAAGACCCCCAGGGGCUUUUGAGCCAGAAGGCGUCCAUCCAAGCAGUGGCGCUUCCUCAGGAGACGGCUGCUGGAUGGCAUGGAUUUGGGGAAAAUGGUCAUCUGAGCUCAGCCCUUGUUUUAUCACAGGGAAGCUGUAAAGGGAAACACAUGUGUGACAGUGGACUGGAUAUGACAAGCCUGGCAUCCGAUUCAGUCUUAAAGCACCAUCAGAUGGGACAUGCUGAUGGGAGACCCUGUGAAGAUCACGAACGUGGAAAUGCCAUCAGCCGGAACGGUCACUUUAUUCAACACGGGGGGAGAAUGUUUGUGUAUUUGGAAAAUGGGCAGUCACUGAACCACAGUGUGGCGCUGACGAUACACAACAAAAUCAACGCAGCAGAGAAACCCUUUGAGUGCCACCAGUGCGGGAAGGUGUUCAACCGGAGACACUCGCUGAGCGAACAUCAGAGAAUUCACACGGGAGAGAAGCCCUACGAGUGUCAGGAGUGCGGGCGAGCCUUCACGCACAGCUCCACCCUCACGCGCCAUCUGAGAACUCAUACUGGAGAGAAGCCCUACGCGUGCGGUGAGUGCGGGAGGGCCUUCAACAGGAUCUCAUCUCUGACUCAGCACCAGAGGAUCCACACCGGGGAGAAGCCCUACAAAUGUGAAGACUGUGGGAAAUCCUUCUGCCAGAGUUCUUACCUGAUCUUGCACAAGAGGACACACACGGGCGAGAAGCCCUACGAAUGCAGUGAUUGUGGAAAGGCCUUCAGUGACCGUUCCUCCCUCAACCAGCAUGAGCGAACUCACACGGGCGAGAACCCCUAUGAAUGUAAGCAGUGUGGAAGGGCCUUCAGCCAGAGGUCCUCCCUCGUGAGGCACGAGAGAACUCACACCGGAGAGAAACCCUACAGGUGUCAGGAGUGUGGGAAAGCCUUCAGCCAGAGCUCCUCCCUUGCCACACAUCAGAAGACUCAUAGCAGCCAGAAAACCUACAAGAUCAUUGACUGUGGGGAAGCAUUCUACCGGAACAGACAUCUUAUCGGAUGCUAGCAAGUGCGUGCUGCUUUGUAAACCGCUGUUUAGUACUCUGACACGUACAUGUGGUUAGACUUUG